UGAAAACGCGUUUUCUGCACUAGUUGCUAUUCUUGACUUCCGGAUAAAUUGUUUUCACGCUUCCUCCAAAAGGUAAACCAUGAGAGAACGGCGGCAUUGGCUGCCCUGUUGUUUUCAUCGCCGCGGAUGACAGCAGCCAACAUUUGAAAGUUCUCGAUGGCUCCACACCAUGGCUCCGCUCGGGGAUUAUAUCUCCGCCGAGUGCCCCAAGGCGGAUACACUUACUUCACUAGGUCUUGCACUAUCACAAUUGCGUUCCAGCGGAUACACUUAACUAGGUCUGACACGAUCACGAUUGCGUUCGACUGGCGGUUUCGUGAAGGGAGGGGUAGGGUGAAAUGGAAAGGUCCUCAUAUACGCCAUUACAUCUCGACCCAAUUGACUCAUGUUCUCACCAGGUCCCAAAAAUCCAACAAUACAUCGGUCACCGUGCAGCAUCAUCCUCAGAAUACCAGAACAUGCCAUCACGAACGAUACUAAUCGUCGGCGCCGGCCCCGUCGGCCUGACAAUGGCCCUUAGUCUCCACCGGAGUGGUGUCCCACCUCAGGACAUCCUCGUUGUCGACCAAAAGCCGGCCCAUGAUCCAUCAAGAAAAUGGUCCAAAGCUAUCAGCAUGAGCGCAAGCACUCUCGAGAUCUUUCGCAUCUUGGGGAUCGCCGAGCGCUUCGUCAAGAUCGGCAGGCCGCUGCAUACACAGCACUUCGGAGGCGGCUUGCAGCUACUUCACCUGAACUACGAUGUCAUCGGCACCAAAUAUCCGUUCAACAUGGGCCUCCUUCAAACCCGCACAGAGGCCAUCCUAUUGCAACGAUGUGAAGAACUCGGCAUAGAAGUCAUCUGGGGCCGGCGGCUGAUCUCGCUCAGCCAGACCGAGUCGGCCGUCUCGGCCAGGAUCAAGAACACAGACACCCCCGAGGGUACCGCGGAUGGCAUGGUGGAGACGAUAGAAGCAUCCUGGUUGAUCGGGUGCGACAGCACUCACAGCGCCGUCCGGGAGGCCGCGGGGAUCCCGUUCGAGGGGACCGCGACGACGCGAUAUAGCUGGCUCGCCGACGGGUUCUGCGACGAGAACACCCCGGCGAUGCUCACUGUGCGAGGCAAAGACGGCAAAUCAUUAAUAAUAGCCUCGGGGGACGGGCCGACUGGGCGCCGCUUCAUCGGGAACGCCCCCAUGGCCGUGAACCCCGGCGGCGAGCGACCCAAGGCCCCGAGCGAGAGCGAGGUCCGCGAGUGGGCGGCGAAGGAAUUCGGAAGCCACUACAACUUCCACAACAUGACCUGGUCGUCGGUGGUCGGGAACGCGAUGCAGGUCGCGGGUACCUUCCGCUCCGGCCGCGUGUUCCUGGCGGGCGAUGCUGCCCGCCAGCUCUACCCAUCCGGCGGACUGGGGAUGAACACUGGGCUUGUCGACGCGACCAACCUCGCCUGGAAGCUUGCAGCAGUGGUCACGGGGGAGGUCGGGCCGGACAAGGGCGUCGUUGAGCGCGUCCUGGACAGCUACACGACGGAGCGGCUGGCAUCAUCCAAGGCCGUGGUCCAGAACGUCCGCAUGCAGAUGCAGGUCCUGUUCGAAUACACCGAGGAUGAGAAGGCCGUGUCCGCGUUCAUAACCGAGGCGCUGGCCGAGCCAGCUCUUCAAAAAAGAUGGGCCCAGCGUAUGACGGGGUUCGGAGAUCCGGUCGAGCCGUACCAGCAGCCGUCUGGUCGCGGCACGGCGGACAGCCUCGUUGGGACCCGUCUUACGCACAUCGCGGAUGAUAACGACCCUGCCCUCCUGGAGGCUACUCUGAAAGGAAGGUUCAUCCUAGCUGCGGUGGGCGGGUCCGGCUCUGAAGCCAACGAGUACGAGAAGUUCAAGGACUUGGCCAACACAGACAGGUACGCUGGGCGCGUAUCCGUGCUGGCAGCGCCGCUGACGGCCCUGGAUGAGAAGUGGAGGCAAGUAAAUGCGGUGCUGAUUCGACCUGACCUUCGAGUGGCAUGGGUUGCCAGAGAUGGCACUGAUGUUGAGGCCAGCGAAGCUGAAUUGGCGAGGACUUUGCAAUGGUGGCUUGGCAACCGUACCGGGAAACUAUAGGGUAUGGAAGCACCUAUUUACAGAAUCGACUGUUAUACAAGUGGGAAA